AGUGCAAGCACCUCUUGUCGCGCAUGCUCGUCACGGUCCCGGCUCAACGCGCCACCCUCACCGAGGUCCUCAACCACCCGUGGAUCGUCAAGGGCUUCACCUCGGCUCCCGCCGCCCACAUCCCGACCCGGGUCCCGCUCCGCCUCGGCGAGCUUGACGACGAGGUCAUCCGCGGCAUGACGGGCUUCGAGUUCGGCACCGAGGCCGAGAUCUCGGCGCGCCUGACCGACGUCGUCCAGAGCGAGCUGUACCGCCAGGCCGUCCGCAACUGGGAGGUGCGCGGCGGCAGCGCCGGGAGCGGGUACGGCGCCGGCGGCGAGGGCUCGAGCGGCGCGAGCGACAGCGACAAGGAGCGGCCGGCCAUGCGCGUCGACGGCAAGGACAUGAAGCGCACGCCGACGGCCAACAAGCGCUUCUCGGGCCUCGGCUUCUACGGCAAGAAGCUCACGAGUGGGUUCAACGCCGCGUUCGCCGGCGCGACGACGGCGCCGCCUCGGGCGUCGGACGAGCAGGAGGCGCUCGGCGGUACGCAGGGCGGGAGCUACGGCGUCAACGGCGCGUUCGCGGCCGGCAACGGCACGGCGCCUCGGCCCGAGCAGCUCGACCCGACGCGUGGGUUCCACCCACUCAUCUCGAUCUACUACCUCGUCAAGGAGAAGAUCGAGCGCGAGCGCAUCUGGGGCCCGGGCGUCUUUGCGUCGUCGACCCUGUCCCUCACCGGCCCUCCUCCUCCUCCCGCGCCCGCCCAGGCCUACCAGGCCGGGUCAAGCGCACCUCUCUCGCCCCCGACCCAGGUCGACAGCCGCCCGCCGAUGCCGACGCCGCCGAUGCCGCUCACGCCGCAGCCUCGCCAGCGCGCGACCGGCGACGAGUACGCCCCGGUCCCGGCGACGGCGCCAGCUCGCGCCGCAGGGUUCGACCUGUCGCAGCCGUCGUCGGCGUCGAAGCGCUCGAGCUACAUCGCCGGCUCGCCGGCCCCGACGCCGAGCUCGCGCCCGUCGGCCGCCCAGGGCGAGUACGAGGCGCCCGUCUCGCCGUCGCCGCGCGAGCGCAAGUCGUCGACCAACCGCAUGAGCCUCAUGCUCGGGUCGUCGGCCGCCGACCGCGAGCGCGAGCGCGUCGCCGAGAUCGCCGCCGCCGGCGACGAUGUGCCGCUCGCUCAGGCCGCGAGUGGGUCGAGCCCGGGCCCGUUCGCCCGGCGCUUCGGCUCGCUCCUCGGCCGCUCGUCGUCCGUGUCGACGUCGCCCGACGGCAGCUCGUACGGCAAGGGCCAUCGGCAGCGUGCGAGCAUCGCGACCGUCGGGCACAAGUCGGGCAACAAGACGGCCGCCUCGACGCUCCCGCUCGUCGUUGAGACGGGCAACUCGCCCUCGUCGACGCUGCGCCCGCCGGCGACGCCCACCCCGACCGGGCGCCUGCCCUCGAGCGGGUCCGAGGUGCCGCUCGCGAGCCCGCCGGACGGCAAGCCGGUCGCGCGCGCGUCGACCGUCGGCGACAUCUCGCCGAGCAGCCGGCACGCUCGCGGCGUCUCGAUGGCGGCCGGCGCAUCAUCGCCCCUGUCGCAGUCGGUCGCGUCGUCGGGCGGCGGAGCGGCGAGCGAGUCGGCAUCGCUCGGGCGCGCGAGCGGGAACGCGGGCUUCUUCGAGCGGCGGCGGCAGGGCUCGGUCGGCGGCGGCGGGUCGACGAGACCGCCUCGCCCGAGGACGCAGAACGACAUCGCGGGCAUGUUCGAGGAGGAGGAGGAGCUCGCAGCCGGUGGCGGCAGCGGUGGAGCCGACGAGGCCGCUUCGGCUGCGGCAGGACGACGGGCGUCGGCCGCUCCCGAGGCGUCGACGAGCGCGCGCCAGGACACGAGCGCGUUCGGCCCGUCGAGGUCGAACGACAAGGCGUCGUCGUCGUCGGACAAGGGCGAGGGCGCCAAGCCCGUGUGGCUCAAGGGCCUCUUCUCGGUCAGCACGACGACGACCAAGCCGAUCCACACGCUCCGCGCCGACCUCAUCCAGGUCCUCGAUCGCCUCGGCGUCCAGCACCGCGACGUCAAGAACGGCUUCGAGUGCGCCCACGUCCCGUCGAUCGACCUGUCGACCGUGCCCGGCGCCGGCGGCGCUGCAGCUGCGGGCGCCGGCAAGGGCAAGCGCGACACGCUCAAGCGUCGCGCGAGCAAGCUCCUCCUGUCGCAUGGGUCGGGCCAAGCCGGCGACAAGCAGCCGUCGCCGACCGGCGGCGCCGCCGAAUCGCAGCAGUCGCUCCCGACGAGCACGAACGAGCCUCGCGGCAGCGACCGCGCCUCGUCGUCGUCGUUCCACCAGCCCUUGCCCUCGACUGCGACUGCUGCCGGCGCAGCACCGUCGUCGCAGCCCGGCUCGGCCGGCACGUCGCCGCAGCAGGUCGACGUCUCGCAGUUCGGCGGCACGUCGAGCUCGGCGGCCAACAGCGACAUGAUCGUCCGCUUCGAGAUCUUCCUGAUCAAGAUGCCGCUCCUGCCGGGCAUCCACGGCCUCCAGUUCCGCCGCAUCGGCGGCAGCACGUGGCAGUACCAGGUUCUCGCUCGUCGUGUCUUGCAGGAGCUCAAGCUCUGACGAGCUCGUCGUCGCCCGCUCCCCAAAAAGUACUCUCGUCGCCGGCGCUCGAACCUGUACCACCACCCGGUCUCGCCCCCUCCCUUCCCUCGCAGACACUCCCCUUCCCUCUCGCCUGUCCAUUCUCGCCGGAUCCAUCUUGCGCAUGUCGUCCUUCCCGUCAUCCAUAGCUGCGUCCCCACCUCAUCGUUGCCCGUGCCUGCUCGUCGUAGUUCGUCCUCCCUCUUGCCUCUCUUUUCGCAAGCAGAUCCUCGUGCACGGG